AUGCUGCAGACCCUUUGGCAUUUUCUGUCUAGCUUCCUUCCCAGGGCCGUAUGCCAAGGUCCUGCAGAUGGAAAAGAGGAUGAGGCCAGAAACACCACCCCACUUCCAGGCCCCGGGGAGAAAGGGCCAAAGAUGUUGGGGAAGCCACAGGACAGAGGGACUGAUCCCACUGAAAGGAGACCAACUAUCCUACUGGUGGUUGGACCUGCAGAGCAUUUUCCAAAGAAAAUUGUGAAGGCUGGAGACAAGGACCUGGAUGGACAGCUGGAUUUUGAGGAAUUUGUUCACUAUCUCCAAGAUCAUGAAAAGAAGCUGAGGCUGGUGUUCAAGAGUUUGGAUAAGAAGAAUGAUGGCCGCAUUGAUGCCCAGGAGAUUGUACAGUCUCUUCGCGACCUGGGAGUCAAGAUCUCCGAACAGCAGGCCGAGAAAAUACUGAAGAGAAUAAGGACGGGACACUUCUGGGGUCCUGUCACCUACAUGGAUAAAAAUGGGACAAUGACAAUUGAUUGGAAUGAGUGGCGAGACUAUCACCUGCUGCACCCAGUGGAGAACAUUCCUGAAAUCAUCCUGUACUGGAAGCACUCCACGAUCUUUGAUGUCGGAGAGAAUUUGACUGUCCCUGAUGAGUUCACAGUGGAAGAGAGGCAGACAGGGAUGUGGUGGAGACAUCUGGUUGCAGGUGGAGGUGCAGGUGCCGUGUCCAGAACCUGUACAGCUCCUUUGGACCGCUUGAAAGUGCUCAUGCAGGUUCAUGCCUCCCGCAGUAACAACAUGUGCAUCGUUGGCGGUUUUACUCAAAUGAUCCGAGAGGGUGGACCAAGGUCACUGUGGCGAGGGAAUGGCAUCAAUGUGUUGAAAAUUGCGCCAGAAUCGGCCAUUAAGUUCAUGGCCUAUGAGCAGAUAAAGAGGUUCAUUGGUACUGACCAAGAAAUGCUGAGGAUUCACGAGCGGCUGCUGGCUGGUUCUCUGGCUGGGGCCAUUGCGCAGAGCAGCAUCUACCCCAUGGAGGUUCUGAAAACACGGAUGGCUCUAAGGAAGACAGGACAAUAUUCAGGCAUGUUGGAUUGUGCCAAGAACAUCCUUUCGAAGGAAGGAAUGGCUGCGUUCUACAAAGGCUACAUCCCCAACAUGCUAGGGAUCAUUCCGUAUGCUGGUAUCGACCUGGCAGUCUAUGAGACACUAAAAAAUGCCUGGCUGCAACGCUAUGCUGUCAACAGCGCUGACCCUGGAGUCUUUGUUCUGCUGGCUUGUGGCACCAUCUCCAGUACCUGUGGACAGCUUGCCAGUUACCCCCUGGCUCUCGUGAGGACACGUAUGCAGGCCCAAGCUUCAGUGGAGGGUGCUCCCGAAGUGACGAUGAGGGGACUGUUCAAACACAUCCUGAAGACAGAGGGAGCAAUUGGUCUUUACCGGGGUCUGGCGCCCAACUUCAUGAAGGUGAUUCCAGCCGUAAGCAUCAGCUACGUGGUUUAUGAAAACUUGAAGAUGACUCUGGGCGUGCAGUCACGGUGACCAGGAGAUGCCGAGGACUUUGAACUCUGGAAUCUUGGGGGUGCCCUCCCAAGAUGUAUCGCCAUCUCUCAUUCUGUGAAUGUGUUGACACUAAGCUGACUAAGCAAAGCUGUGAAAUCUCAGAUAGUUUGUGAGUCAGUAAGGGGAGGGGAGGAUCUGGUGUCCUUUGCCAUCUUGCUACUCAGAGCUCCACAUAGACCAUCACGUGGUCCUUCUUGUUGGGCCUUUUGGAAGACCAGGAGGUGAACUCCUGGGAGAAUCUUAAGGCCUGAGUUGCUGAGGCCAGUUCCCAGCAGUAUGGCAGAGUAGCAAAGAUUUGGGUAACAGGUCUGCUUUCAGCGUGCUGGGUGUACAGAGCUGUUGGCCUGCAGAUGAGCACCUUCUGACUUGCUGAAUUAGCUUUUUCCAUUCAGAGAGCUUCUUUUUCCAUUCAGUUGUUUAAGUUCCUACCCGUUGUUUAAAUUUGUACAAACCUUGUGUAGGAGCUGCUGCCACACCAGGUUGUUAUUUAUGUUUACAUAUAUUCCUUUGGGUAGGAGAUGUUCAUGUUCUGCUUCCAAGACUUGACGUGAAAUGUAACUUUGAACUAUACUGGUUUGGAGGGCUGAUGAGCGGUGGUUUAUCCAGUCAGGCUGAAGGUUACUUAGGCCAGCCUGAUGAAGAAUUAGGAUUAUUUAUUUUUUUAUAGGUUUAAGUGUGUCUCAUAAAUCCACUAACAAGAUGCACUUACUAACAGAAGCAGCAGCCUGGAGCCUGCAUGCCUGUAUCCUUUGCAUGGCAGGAUUGGCUUGGCUUACACCCAGCAGGGGCUUGGAAGGGGAAGGCAGGAGAGCCCUGGAUGGGCUGGCACCUCGAUGCAUGGCUUUAGUGAACAAAAGACAAUAUUUCACAGCUCCUGGGCAGUUGUGCUCCCAGCACGACACGAGAGCCCCUGCGCAGUGUUGCAUGGACCUCUGAAUUCCAUUCUGCCUGGUGCCGAGGGUAACUGGUGGACCUUUUCCAACCCCCGUGCCUACGCUGCUAUCUAUCUCUUUAGACCUCUUUGUAGAUCGCUGUUCAGGUUUGCAUUAGUGGGAUGGAGUCCCCAAGCCGGGAGUAUGUCUGCUGUGGGAAGGGCUGUUAUGGAGAGGGGCUGGUUGUCACCGGGAGGGGUAAGCUUUCAGCCCUGAAGACAUGCUUGCUUUUCUUUCAAAGGGUGCUUUUCAUAUAGAGAUGGCUUUAAAAUUUCUCUGUGUUAUGGGCUACUUUAGUUGGCAGGAUCUGGCUUUUGAGGCCUCAGAGAUCCUCAUCCAACUUUUCAUUUUGGGCAAAAUGGACCAGCGUUGCAUUCCACUGUUUUACUGCUUAAAGCGUAUUUAUUUUGUAUUUAUUUGAACAGAGUUAUGUCAGACUAUUUUUAUAGACUUGUUUAAAUAUUGUUACUGUGCUUGUUAUUUCUCCUGUUCUAAAAAGUUCUGUUUGUU